GCCCCGUCCCGGCGGCCAGCUCCGCGGGGGCUGCCCCCGCAGCCCACCAUGACCGGGCCGAGGCUGGCCCUCGCCGCCGCGCUCCUCUGCAGCUGCACCUCGCCAGUGGCCGACGCCAACUCCUGGUGGUCUUUGGCCAUGAACCCCAUCCAGAGGCCUGAGAUGUACAUCAUCGGCGCCCAGCCGGUGUGCAGCCAGCUGCCGGGGCUGUCCCCCGGGCAGCGCAAACUCUGCCAGCUCUACCAGGAGCACAUGGUGUUCAUCGGGGAAGGGGCCCGCAGCGCCAUCAAGGAGUGCCAGUACCAGUUUCGGCAGCGGCGGUGGAACUGCAGCACGGUGGAUAACACUUCCGUCUUUGGAAGGGUCAUGAAAAUAGGUAGCCGAGAGACCGCUUUCACCUACGCGGUGAGCGCGGCCGGCGUGGUGAACGCCAUCAGCCGUGCGUGCCGCGAGGGAGAACUGUCCAGCUGCGGCUGCAGCCGCACCGCCCGGCCCAAGGACCUGCCCCGGGACUGGCUGUGGGGCGGCUGCGGGGACAACGUGGAGUACGGCUACCGCUUCGCCAAGGAGUUCGUGGAUGCCAAGGAGAGGGAGAAGAACUACGUGCGAGGCUCCGAGGAGCAGGCUCGCAUGCUGAUGAACCUGCAGAACAACGAGGCUGGCCGCAGGGCCGUGUACAAGCUGGCAGACGUGGCCUGCAAGUGCCACGGCGUGUCGGGCUCGUGCAGCCUCAAGACCUGCUGGCUGCAGCUGGCCGACUUCCGCAAGGUGGGCGACCUGCUGAAGGAGAAGUACGACAGCGCCGCCGCCAUGAGGAUCAGCCGCAAGGGCAAGCUGGAGCUGGUCAACAACCGCUUCAACAUGCCCACCCAGGAGGACCUGGUCUACGUGGACCCCAGCCCGGACUAUUGCCUCCGCAACGAGACCACGGGCUCGCUGGGCACCCAGGGCAGGCUGUGCAACAAGACCUCGGAGGGCAUGGAUGGCUGCGAGCUGAUGUGCUGCGGCCGGGGCUACGACCAGUUCAAGAGCGUGCAGGUGGAGCGCUGCCACUGCAAGUUCCACUGGUGCUGUUAUGUCAAGUGUAAAAAGUGCACAGAGAUCGUUGACCAGUACGUCUGUAAAUGAAAGGAGCUGCCAAAGCAACAAAUCUAUAUUAUAUAAAGCUAUAUAAAUAUAUUUUAUAUUUGUAUAAAUAAACAGAUUAUAAUAAUUAAAGAAGCUUAUUUAAGAGACAUUUUGGUUUUGAAAUCUCCCCCCCACACACACACAUCAGGCCAGCUAAUUUGACGUUCCUUCAGUUCUGCUGAGGAAUCUGUCUUUGGGUGCAUGUCCCCUCGGAUGCUUCAGUCAGGAUGAAGAAGCUGAGGAGGUGCUGGCAAAGCACACCAGCAUGUGCUCUUUCAUUAUAGAAAGAAAGUCAGUAAGAAGAAGAGGAGUGGGUUCUUUCUUCUCUCUGAUCAGUAAAUCUCAGCAUUUUGGAACAGUUACUGCACAUUGGAAAUUACAGCCAGUCAAUGGUGAGUCUUAGUUAUUCAGAUUGCAAAUCCUGCACUGGGAAAUUUGGAACUGAUUCUUGGUCCCUCUGAAGGGCUUUGUCACAUUAGAGGAAAGGUUAGCUAAGGCUACGUGAGUAUGGGUUAAAAUCCCCAGUCUUGUAAACCAUUCCUGGAUGCUCCCCAGACCACAGUGGGGUAGAGGAAAGUUCACAGCCUGCUGUUAUGAAGAAGGAAGGUUCAACCUGUGGCUGACCAGUGCACAGCCUGGGAGUGCCCAUGAAGCCAGCAUCUGGCUCUUCUGUACCACCUGGGCCAAGGGCAAUCUGCCCAGCUCAAGCCCCAUGGCUCUGUGUGUGUGAGUGAUUUUUUUUUUUCUUUUCCUUUAAAUCCCAUGCUGAAACUUAUUUUUUCAAUAGAGAGGAAAAGCUGCUGGUGCCAGGGAUGUUUGCAGAGUAUAUUUGUCAGUGGAAAGAAGUGCUGCACACGCACACAUGCUCAUAGCUGCACUCCUCAUCCUGCUGCCAGUUCUCUCUGAAGUGGCUGCAGGUGGUCACCUUGUUCAGCUCUAAAUCCUCCUCACUGCCAGCCCAGUUGAAUAGUUUCUCUUUAACAUUAAAUGUCCCUCAAUGACAUUUCUUUCCCUCUGUUAUUUUUGUGUAUGCCUGGGUGUUUUUAUUCUUUUGGUGAGGUUCUUUUAUUUUGCUGCUCUGUGUUUCAAAGGACAGGGGCUGUGCUCUUCCCUGGCAUAAGCUAACUACAGGAAUGUUUGCUCCCAGGGUGUGGGUGUGUGUUCACUGUGGACGUCUUCUCUGUGUUUUUUCUUGGUAAUAAAACUGUACCAGAGCAGAAGGCUUUACCAAAGUCUGCUAAUCAGUCUUACCACAUUGGGAUUUAAGUACAAUCCAAAUCAUAAAGCAGGGAGCAAAUGCUGUUUCUAGCACAAGACAUUUCCUGUACCUCUCAGCAUCUGCGGAGUUCAUUUGCAGUCAGAACAAUCAAGAGAAGCCAAUUCCCAAAAUAUGAGGGUUUGCUAAUAUCCAUCCGCUUUGUUACUGACACCACAAGGGUGUUGGUUUUUUUUCCCUGUAAAUUUUUAAAUGCUUAAAAUAUGCCAAUAAGCAAUGAGCCAGUCAUGAAGAUUAUUUUUAUAUUAAACCUCUGUUUCUUAUAAAACAUUGUAGUUUUACAGAUUCCACCAUUUCAACCACCAGAGAACAAUUUAAAUGCACCUUUCAUAUUUCAAAUAUUUGAGGACUCCAGAAAAGCACAAGGAAGAGAAAUUAUGCUUAAUAAUUAGGAGCUGUUGUUUUUUUAAACCAAUGUGUCCAGUUUUUUGUUUUUUUUUUUUAAUCCAACAGGCAAUAUAUUUGCUGGCAUCCCAGAAUGCAGUUUUUUGGAAUAUAAACAGUGGUCUAGAUUUACUUUAUUAUAUAAAAUCCAAAGCCAGUGGUAUUGUAAUUCAAAGUAACGGAAAUAGUUUUCCAUGCAUGGAAAAAAUGUGAGUGCAGUGGCCUGAUCCAACUUCCAUUAAACUUCAGUGGGAGCUGGACUGAGCCCAAGAUGGGAUCAAAUGUGUGAGCUAUUCACUCCUGGGAUACUCUGUUUCUAGCCCAGUAAUAAAAUUUGCUCUACCUUGGAUACAUCUGAAAAAGACCUUUCUUCCCACCACCCUCACCUCAUGUUCUUGUCCAUCCUUCUUGCAUCAGUGCUUGAAGGUGUCAGCUCUUCGUAUAUGACACCCUCAGGCAUUGUUAAUGUGUCUAAUAAUUCAAAAUUACUUCAUCUGACCUUUCUGAUAAAGACCACACGUUUUAGGGAGUCACAACUCUCCUUGUGGUUUGGCACCACAAUUAAUUUUGUGGGUGUAAACAACUCUGGAAGCGGAAAAGUUGGCAUUGUUAUGACUGCUAUUCCUCUGGGUGUCCCUGGAUAUGUCCUUCUUUUUCCAUCUAAAAUGUUGUCUGGAUGGAAAAAAAUAUGGUUUUUGGCCCUUUGUCCCAGCAUUCCAGACCUCUGGCAGGCUGGCUGGAGCCAGCAGUUCCUACUGGACUGGGACCAUAUAGUGAUAGGAGAGAAGUGACCAUUAGAUUUCUUUUCCCCUUCUUUUUUUUUCAGGUUUCAGUAUUUUAGAUUUUCUGGGAAUUUUGUAUCCAAAAAUUUGAUCCCACCAAACUCUAGCUUCAAAUAUAUUUUCAAUGGCACUCACACAUAAAACAACGUCCAUGAGGUGGUAGUAAGUAUGAAAUAAAAGCACAGCCAGACUGGCUUGAUGCAAAUGCAAAGGAAGUCAAACAGAAAGCUGCAGCAGAACUGCUUCUUUCCCAUGAUAGUUAAAAAGUGGUGGAUUUUAAGUUGUGCCUUGUUUGAUGCACAAAGUGAUAGAAAGGGGUGUGCUGGGGCUGGGAGCUGAGUUUAAUUCUGAGCUCUGCUGAUAAUCUGCAUUGUAAUUUUCACAUAGUUAUCUAAUUUCUUUGCGUUUUAGCCUCCAUCCUCCUUUUGUAUAAAAUAAAGAGCAGAAUAUCUCC